ACUUAGCAGUCGUACCCAUUUCCUGAGGAAGAAAAGCAGAAACAGAGGAAGCACUUUUUCUCGUCCUCUUCGUUUUCCGCUCUCGCAAUCUGCCGAAGCAUUCGAGUUACAUUCGAUAACUGAAGGAUGAAGGUGUAAUUUUGUGUCUUUUUCAGAAAAGUCAACGGAAAUCUUCCCUCUGGAUAUUUUCCUUCAAUUUGACCGACCUUCCAUCUCAAGCCGUUAUCACCUACCCGUCCAUUCAUAUACAUAGACGAAAGAGAGAUAGAGAUCGCAGAGAAAAGAUGAGAGUCACCCACAGAAUCACCAUCUUUCUCUUCAUCUUUCUGUUAUCCACACUCUCUCUGCCACCUGCCUCCGAAUCCUCACCGCAAUGCAAAGCGUGGCUGGUCCAGUCAAUCCCCACCGACAUGCCCCACCUCCCUCGGGUCCCCGGCGUUCUCGCCACCGGCGACGUGUUCCGGUGGUUGGCGGGGAACUCCACGCAGAGACUGGACGUAAUCGCUCAGUACUGGCAGCUCAAUGCGCACCCCGACGAUCCUCGCUCGGGGGAUUAUGGAUACUCUGAAGCUCAGAUGGAUAACUUCGGUGCUCCUCAGGGUUCUCAUGUUUACCAAGCCCUAGAACACGCAGCUGAUCGCAAUGUUAGUAUUAGGCUACUGUCACACUCGGGAGUUUAUCCAGACUACACUGAAGAACCAUCCAAGCUUGCCUCAGGAAGACCAAAUGUGGAGAAUGUGACUUUGUUAUUGAGUGAAUGGUGGGGGUCUGGCAUAGUUCAUGCAAAAGUCUGGAUAUCGGAUCGUCAAGAUGUGUAUAUUGGGUCUGCAAACAAUGACUGGAAGUCUCUCACACAGGUGAAGGAAGUUGGUAUUUAUCUUGUUGGUUGUCCAAGAAUUGCAAAGAAGGUUGAGGUCUACUUUGACAACUUGUGGAAACUUGCACAUCUCAAUUCUUCGGCUUACACCAAAACAGUGUCGGAUCAACAAUGGCAGACUGAUAGAAAAGUUCCUUGCUGGUCACAUUUUGUUGAUUCUAAAGAGAGGUGCAGGUCACCUCUUCCUCGAUUGGUGAGGACUCCCCAUGUAGCAGGGUAUCCCGUACUUGCCAACCCCUAUAUGUUUAAAAUACCAUUUCAGACUCCUGGGUACAACUAUUCAAAUUUGCAGCCUGAAUCCAGCUAUCUCUCUUUUGCUCCUCCAGAGCUAUUGUUUGGCAGAUACCAGGCUGACGAACAGGCUUGGGUGGAUACAAUAAAAUCUGUAGGGAGUGGAGGAACUGUUAGAAUUAGUACCAUGGACUGGCUAGGUCAAUCCCAAUAUAUGAAACAAACAGUUUAUUGGUCAUCCCUUUCAGCUGCCGUAUCAGAGGUUGUCUUCUCCAAGCAUGCAACAGUAAAGAUAUUGGUUGCACUCUGGGCACAUUUUAUCAACAACACUGAUCAGUACUUGAAGUCUCUCCUCUACUCUAAUGUUCUUUGCUCUUCAUCAAACUACAACAAAUGUUCUGGAAAAGUUGAGAUCAAGUACUAUAUGGUUCCGGGUUUCAAUUCGACUGGACCUGCCACUCAAAAUAGAACUAGUACAGGAAAUAUCUAUCCUGGAUAUACCAGGGUAAACCAUGGAAAGUAUGCAGUUAGUAAUGUAAGAGCCCACAUUGGGACAAGCAAUCUUGUUUGGGAUUACUUUUAUACAACAUCUGGUGUAAGCUUUGGAACAUACAAUCCUGCCAUUGUUUCUCAGCUGCAACUAGUCUUCGAUGCUGACUGGAAUUCGCCGUAUGCUGUGCCGGUUGAAGGGUUAGAGGAUGGUCAUGCUUGUUCAAGCUGAGUAGUUGGAUCUGAAGUUUUGGGGACAUUCCAAAUCAGUAUAUGAUGGCUUGAAACAAACCGUACAUGAAGGAGCUGGCUGCCUACAUGUGCUUUAGAUGGAAAUGUUCAAGCCUGGAAAUCAUUUCAUUUGGGAACCUAUUAUGGUGAAAUACAACUCAACCUGAACUAGAUAAAUAAAUAGCAUUUCAUCGUAGUUACAAACUAUAUUUAGUAUGAGUAAUCUUAGAAACAACACUUUUAUUUCAUCACUAUCAUAUCCUGCGAACAUGGCAGUAACGUCAGUAAGACGAAAUAAUGGUGAUAUAAAAGUGUGAUUUCUAAUAUUACUCAUGUAGUAUAGUAGUGUCACUUUAAUAAUCUUGUAAGUUGUAAAUAUAGUUGGAUGAUGAUGCCAAAACAAUAGCCCAAUCCACAGUUGAAUUGUUUGUAGGCAAAGCAAAUCAAAAGGACAUCGCUUAUGCUAACACACAACAGUAUUUUUGUUUUAAUCAACAUUAUUUUG